AUGUCUGUCAAAGAAUCGUCUAAGCUCUUCGACACAAUCGCAAGCUUUCAAGAAUCCUCCCCACCAGAUGCCUUUCAAUUAGACAAAGUUCUCCUUGACCUAGAUGCAUUCCAGGAAACUCCCCAACUUCUGGACUCAAGACUCCCUGGUUCCGUGGAGCGUCUUGCGCGCGAGUACGAUUGUGUUGCAACGGGUGACCGGUCCUGGGCUGCACACUUGCUCUACGCACUUGCGAAAACUCGUGGUGCAAAAGUCAUUGCUAGAUUCUUCCCAAGUGAUGUCAAAUAUCUUUUGAAAAUAUUAAAGGCUUUGGAAACUACCCAAAAUACCUGGCAGGACCGUUACGUGCUACUGUUAUGGCUCGCAGUGACUAUCCUAGCGCCAUUCCCAUUGACGAGUUUUGGACAAGAAACUGCACAGCGCGUCAUGGAUGUGGCCAACAAAUACCUCGGAUCACCAGGCAAAGAGCGCGAUGCCGCAGCGCUGGUGGCCGCAAGAUUCCUCGCAAGACCUGAUGCAGGUCCUUGGCUAGAAGCGUUUGCAAAAUCCUGGGAAUCAGCAACUGAUUAUUCCACACGGCUUCUAGGGACACUAGCUACGGCCGCACGGCUCUUCAAAUUGCUCGACCCACACACCGUUUAUAAUCUCUUUUGCAAGUCAGGUCUCACGCUGCUCCUUGAUACGGACCCGCCAAAGGACCUGGCUGGCGGCACCGUCUAUGAACGAGUUGUUGUCAAGUGCCUUUCACGGAUUGGAGUGGCUCUUAUUUCCAUUGAUGACGACGGAGAAUCUCCAGCAGAGUUACUUGACCGCUUGGUCGAGGCUUUAUUUAUGCGUCUUUCCAACCCUAAUGUUCUUGUUCGCCACGCUGCAGCCAAAUCAAUUGCAGUAAUCUCCACAGCACUUCCUCAAGAUCUCCAGCCUGAUAUGGUGAUAGCUGCACUUGACUACUUUGUCAUUCCACAAACAGAAGCCCAGAUGGAUGCGGUAGACACUGCGGCAUGGCACGGACACUUGCUACUACUUGCCGAGCUUGUGCGCCGCCGAAUAGAGGUCCCCGAUUGGCCUCGGGUGCAAGAGGUUGUCGAAUUCUCACUCCGGUUCACACAACUACGCCUAACGCGUGUCGAAGGUGCCGGGGUCCGAGAUGCAGCUUGCUUUGUAGCUUGGUCUCUUUUCAGAUCCCAGCAAUUCGUUCCACAAGCGCAAAACCUUGCAGGGUGUCUUGUGUAUGCUGCAUGUACCGAUUCAGAGAUUGGGAUUCGUCGCGCGGCAUCGGCCGCGUUACAGGAAGGUGUAGGACGUUUGGCUGCCGGUGCAAUUGUUGGUGGGCUGGAGGUGGUUCAAACAGUUGACUUUUUCGCACUGGCAAGUGUGGAGCGUGCAUACCUUGAGGUUCUACCCAAAGCGUACGAUCUCGGAUACCCACAACUAUUGGAUUACCUUUUAGAGCACGGGAUUGCGAGCCAUGCAAUUCAUUUGAGACGCCUGGCAGCCCGUGCCAUUGCAAUUCUGGCGAAAACCUACGCAUCAGGUCGGCUGGAAGAAACGGUGCAAAAGCUACUUGCACAAGCACCUAGUCCUAGCAGAUACCCGGCCCGGUUUCACGGUGUGUACUAUGCGCUUGCGGAACUGUGUGCUAGUGGGUGUCUUACUGAUGCGCAGUGGGAUCGCACUGCAUCCUUGUCACUUGCAGUACUGGGGCGCGACAAUUUUGUGUCAGCUCCGGAAACUGCCGAAGCGUUUGUACAUUUAGCAUGGGCACAAGCUUUGGCUGGCCGCACACCAUUCUCACCGCAUACACUUGACAUGCUGCUGUGCAGCUUGGCAACCAGUGUUCCUGCUGCGCAAGUGGAAAUACCCGAGACAAGCCAAGAGUGGUCUGUUAUUGCAAGGGCAAUGAAGGGUGGAGCACCACAGGAAUGGACCGAGGCUGCAAGAGAGGAAUUGGAGGCAGCCCGCGUGAGUGCAGGUGCCGGGUCUCGCACGGUGGUUCCACUCAACACGGUGCUUGUGCUAGGAUGGACGGUGCCGCUUUCUGAUGCGACGUUCAAUGUUCUGUACGAGGCUGCAACACGUGCGCGUGUAUUUGAGGCCCGCCGGGUGGCUAUUAAGAGUCUAAGCAAUUCACUUUUCAGCCAGCACAAUAAAGCCCCAGAUGCCACAGAUGCCACAGAUGCUACAGAUUUCACAGACGCUUCAAACACUGCAGAUGCACCUGAUGCGCGAGUCGUGCGGCUCUUACUCAUGGGCAUGACCGACUUUACGCGGCGGCCAGGCCAGGGUGACGUUGGGUGGACGUUACGCCGCGACUCGCUUGCAGCUUGUGCGCAGUUGUGCAAAGAGUCUUUGCUGACAGCUGUGCAGCGGCGCGCGUACGUGCUUGGGCUACUGCGGCUGGCUGGUGAGGUUCGCGCAGACUUGCGGCUUACUGCAAUGCUGCGAUUGGCGCAAACAGAGCUGGGAAAUGCACCUGUAUUUGAAGCAGCAGCAAGCUUGGUUCCCGAGUUUACGCGCGAUGAGCAGGUGUACGAGUACUAUACUGCGCACGCUACAGAGUUGGUGGUUGCGCUAGAGGCCUACGAUGAGCAGCCGGGCCAAAACAAGUCCCCUCGCUUCGCAGUCUGUGCAUUUCUCAAGGGUUUAGUUUGUGCUGCCGGAGCUCAGUAUGCUGCUGCAGAUACUCUUGCGUCUUCUUUCAGUGCAUUUGCUGCCAUACUUCGUUUACGGCCCAGAUUGUGGGAAUCUGUUAUAUUUCCUCUUCUCGGUGCGCCUACUGCUUCCGGUACUACAGUCCGUGUUGACGAGCGCGUUGUACUUGCGGCACUGCGGGUUUUUGCGCGUGCCGUAGACGCCAAUCUUCCCGGGUUGCCGGCCCCGUUGCUGUACCGUGUUGCGAUAGCUGGGACAAGUGCACGUUCAGGUGCGCAUGCGGGAGAUAGUUCUGCAGCAGGGAUUACUGAGAUUGCUGGAAUGAGUCCGGUGAGGGCACCAUUUGUGGCGACGGUGUUGGCUGGUGCUGCACGGGGUGGAGAUGCGCGUGGGCUGCGCGGGCUGCUGGAUGUGUGUGGUGGGGCUGCGUCUGGUGGGGUGCGGCAGAGUGUGGGGGAUCUUUUGUAUGAGGUUGUUUCUGAGAUCAUGGAUGAAAAUGAGGAGGAAGACGAAGUUGAAGAUGAAAAUGAAGAUGAAAAUGAAGUGCUAGAGAAAGAACUAGAUCAAGAUUGGAAAAAACAAAUUAAUGAGGAAAUGUUAGAGAGCCUUGGUGAAAUUGAUUGGACUUUAGAACCAUCCAUUGUGAAAAGUAAAUUACAAUCCAUGUACUCCAUUCUACCUUUAUCAUGUCCAUGA